AUGUCUACAAUUGCCUCGCCCCGCGACCCCCCGCGGCGCAUGAACUCAGGCACUACGCCGACCUCGUCGACGCGACCAAGUCUCGAUGUCUCACGAUCGCCUAUCGGCUCACCGAAUCCGAGUAGCAGCAGUAGUCCGAAAACAGUCACCGUGGCAAACCCUCCAGCUACGAAGCGAAAUCGUGCCGCCCUGCGCGAGUAUUACAACCUAAAGAAGCAACCAGCUGCAACGCCGCCCCAAGUGGAGGUGACAGAUCCGUUCGGGGAGACCUCAGGCGAGCCUCAUGAGCAGUACUCGGAAGUUCCCCCUAGCGAAAUAGACAGAGAAGGAUUCGAUGUGGAUGCUUUUGUUAAGAAGGCGCUGGCUGAAAAUGGUAUGGAAGAGUUACUGCGGCUGUAUACGCGGGUGCUGGGUGAGAUAAGGGCACUGGACGCUGAGAAGAAGGCACUCGUAUACGACAAUUACAGCAAGCUGAUCACAGCUACGGAAACAAUACGCAAGAUGCGAACGAAUAUGGACCCAUUGAACCCUAUGGCUUCUACACUCGAUCCAGCGAUUGCUCAGAUAUACUCUCAAGCCUCGGAAAUACGAGACUCGCUACGUAAAUCUGUCCCACCACCCGAUAAAGCCAGGGCCCAAGCGGAAGAGGCGCGCCAGAGGAGAGCACGAACGAAACAGCUGGCAAUCGAGGUUCUAGAUGCUCCGGAUAAGAUACGAGCGCUUGUCAGUGAAGGACGACUAGAAGAUGCGAGACAGGCGUGGAAAAUGCCACGCAAACUUCUAUUAGUAUGGAAGGAACAGGGUAUCGGUGGUUUAGACGUAGACGCGUGCAUAGAAGACGGCGACGCAGCUUUGAAAGGUGAACCGAGCAAGGGAGACUGGAGGGAUUUGAAUACCCAAGAAUCGGCAUGA